AGACAGGAAAGGGCGUGUCUCGUGUCGGAGGUGCCGACGGAUGUUGCUGUUUAGGUUAUAUAAAGAGUAUCUGACAGAUUAGGGAAAAUCUCAUUUUUAUUCCGGGAGGAACACUGACGAUAUGGCUUCCACAGUGCCAAUUAAGGUAAUGUGUUAUCUUUGAUGACUCUGAGGAUUUUACUCACAGCACAUUGUGUGGUUGAAGACGAAGAAACAAGGAAGUCAAUGAGAAAUUCAAGCUAGUUAGUGUAGUUUUUUUUACAGCUUAGAUGAACCUGAAAGUGCGGGAAAAGCUUCUCUCUGUAUUCAUUUUACCAUCAAUAGCUUUAUAUUUUGCAGCCUUGUGCACGUGGUUAAACAGCACGCGCGGGAAGUCAAUGCUAACUGAGCUGAUGCUCUGUGCGCGUGUUUCCUUGAUAGCGGUAUUAUUGGUGAACCCUCUCAGUUCACUGUAUGCACGUGGCCAGGUAGAGUGCACCCUGACAGCUGUAGGAGGACAGUCACACGAAGGAGGAUGAUGGAUGGAGGUCCUACUUUAAAACUGACAGAGUCCUUACCACGCUAUCAACGCUAAUGUAUCCACAAACCUUAAACUUUAUCUUUACUGUUAGAUAUUCUUCCAUGACAAUAUGUAAAUCUGAGUUUCAUGUGGAAAUAACCUGAAAUGGAUGAUGAAAAAUUUAAGUAAUUAUAAUAUGACUGCUGUAAUUCUUGUCAACUAGUUUAAGUUGAAUGAAAAAUUCCAGGUCAACAACAUCUGAAAUGUGAUUCAACAUAGUUCAAAACUUGCUAUCUUUCACUCCAACACACCAUUUUAAUAUGGUCAGUAUAAUGUCAUUUCAAGGCCCAAAGACAUGGAAGAAGACUAAUACUAACCAAAAAUAAGAUUAUUUUUAAUAUGCGUGAUUUUGAGUGAGUGCACAUACGUGUUUAUUUUUGAGGAGUGUAGCUUCAAUACAUGGCAUGUGCUGUUAAACUGUUGGCCAAACUGCACUUCUUUAAAUUAAGGUUUUAUUUUGAAUAUUUCUGUAAAGUACAGUGUCAGUAAAAGUGCUGUUAAGUUGUAACUACAUAUGCAAAUGAGCAUGCGGAUCCCUUGCCUUGGGCAGUACUGUUAACCGACUGUAACUUAAUGUAAACAGGAAAGUAAAUAUGUGUAAAUGCUAAAGCGUAUCUACUUAACUGAGUAAAUAUACUUACCUUUUAACUGCCAGUAAAGUAACAGUUAACAUGUUAAAACACAAACAGCUUGGAGGGAGAAAUAAAUUGAUGGCUUAUGCCAUGUACGCUCAUGAGUUUAACUCCAUAUUUAAGCUGUUUUGUGUAUUUUGUGCCCAAAUUUACAAAAACUUUUGUGUAUUUGUUCGAUAUUGAAAUGUUUGAAAACUUAAUGUAUUCUGAUAACAACUUGAUUUUGUUGUGUGUUGUUGAUUUUGUUUAGAUUGGAAUUAUCGGUGGUUCAGGUCUUGAUGAUCCCGAUAUCCUGGAGGGAAGGACCGAGCGUUAUGUAGACACUCCAUAUGGAAAGGUCAGUUUUAUUUUGUGAUCUUGAGACUUAAAAUGCUCGUUUUUGUAUAUCAUAUUGAUAUAUAAUCAAUCAAUCAAAUAAUCAAACUUUAUUUUUAAAGCACAUUUUAUACAAAGAAUGUAGCACAAAAUGCUGUCCAUUCAAGCAGAAUAUUACAAACAAUGAAAUAAAAUAAAUACAAAUACAAAUACCAAACCCGCUCACCAUUCCAACCUCCAUUCAACACAUACAGCACUCACACAAACACACAAACACACAGAUGCACACAAAAAAGACCAGGCGAGGACUGUUCAAUUUACCACAGAUGACUCAGGAAACGCUAUCUUGAGUUAAAAGAUGCGGAAACACUGGAUCUAGGACUAAAAUGAUAAAACCAUGAUAAAAUAUAAUGAAGGUGAUGAAGCAUUAAAAGUUAAUUAAAUAAAACAGUCUUAAAUUCAAACAAUAACAGAAAAUAAAUUUAAAAAAAGAGGUCAUAAAACACCAAAUAGUUACUCUGGGGCUAAAACAGGGUAAAAUCACAUAAUGCAGAUUAAAAGAUUAAAACAAAACUGAACUAAAAGCCAGACUAAAAAGGUAGGUCUUGAGUUUCCUUUUAAAAAUAUGAACAGUAGGUGUCGCUCUCAGGUCUGUAGGUAGGCUUUUUCACAGAUGGAGAGCGUGAUGUUGGAACGAUGAUUCACCAUAAGUUUUAGUUUUUACUUUGGGAACAAUUAAAAGACCACUACCUGAAGACCUGCGGGCUCUACUCGGCUCAUACAGUAAAAGCAAAUCAGACAAACAAGAAGAACCAAGACCAUUAAGAGCCUUAAAAACUAAUAAAAGAACCUUAAAACCUUCUCUAAAAGACACAGGUAACCAAUGCAGAGAUUUUAAAAUUGGUGUGAUGUGGGGCUCUCUUCCUGGUUUUCGUCAGCAUGCGUGCAGCUGAAUUUUGUAGAAGCUGAAGCUGUGAAAUGUUCUUUUUAGGAAGACCAGGGAGGAGAGCAUUGCCACAGUCAAUUCUACAGGCGAUAAAAGCAUGAAUAAGAACAUCUGCAUUGGCUUGAAAGAGAAACUGGCGCACUGUGGAGAUGUUCUUUAUAUGAUAAAAUGCCUUUUUGGUAACAUCUGGUAUCUGUGUCUCAAAACUGAGGUUUGAAUCAAAUGUAACACCCAGAUUUCCAACUUCUUUGCAUGGAUUAAAAGCUAGAGCUUGGAGUUUCUGCUCCAGUUUCUCUCGCUGUGGACCUGUACCAAUAACUAAAACCUGAGUUUUGUCCUGAUUUAGCUGCAAAAAGUUGUCUGCCAUCCAGGACUGGACGUCUAAAAUACAAAGCUCAGACUGUAUUCGUGCAUGUUUUUAAAGCAAAUAAUCUAAAGUCUUACUGAAUUUCUCUGCUCCUGUCAAACAGCCAUCAGAUGCUUUGAUCCUUGGAAAGAUAAAAAAUGUGGAAUGCGUGCUCCUUGCAAGGUAAGACAGUUUUUUGAACUUUGUUUUUAAGUGUGACUGAAACACUUUGGCACCAUCUAGUGGAUAAACCCAUUUUCGUCAUACACUGUUUAUACCUCUAUGAACCCUCAACAUGUCUUCAAUCUUUCUCUCCAUUUUACAAUUAUAACCUUUACAUUCUCCACAUCCUCUUUUUUUCCCCCUUGAAUACAGGCAUGGGAGACAACACACCAUAAUGCCGUCCAAUGUAAACUACCAGGCCAACAUCUGGGCUCUGAGAGAGGAGGGCUGUACCCAUCUGCUGGUUACCACAGCCUGCGGCUCACUGCGAGAGGAGAUUCAGCCGGGAGACAUUGUCAUUAUAGAUCAGUUUAUAGACAGGUGAGUGGGAUGUUAAAACUACAUCUGCUGCAGGAUAUGCAGGGAGAGAAUUUUAAUUGUGUUAUUGAAAUUUUUUUUAACAUUGGCUAAAAGUAUGCUUGGCAGUGAGUGUGAUCAUCUUGGCUCUGGCUGCUGUAACAGUCGCAGGUCGAAUAGUGAGAUAGUGCUGUGCAGGUAAGGUGACAAAUGUUCAUUAUAUUCGAGGACACUGCUGUGCUGCAAAAUGAUGACCUGAAGUUAUUUUAACAGAAGACCAUAUAGGAUUUAAAAAAAAAAAGAUUACAGGUGAUAUUAGCACAAGCAUAACAUUUUCUCUGGUGUGUAAACAGAGCAAGCUGUUAGAGCGUACUGCACAAAUAUGAAUGGAGACAGUCGGUCUGUGAGAGUUUUUUGUUUUUACUAAAACCUGAUCCCAGUUUCAGUCCCACUGCAGUAGUUCUGAGAAAGCUUCGGCCUCCAUUCAGAAAAAGGCAAACAUGUAUCACCUAACACAUCCCAGUUCUUUCACACAGAAUACAGAACACUGUGAAGUACAGACCUAAUAAUAUCCAAAAAAUGCAAAUGAGCUUUUCAUCACUGAAGGACUUAAACUCAUGUGACCAGCAACCGCAUUCAGCCAUCCUAAUCUUACAAAAACAGCUUAUGAAAUAGAAUAUAGAUUUGAUCUCAGUACUUAUUUUAUUGGUUUAGCUUUUUGAGGACUCAGGUCAAGAAAUUUGAAUAAAAACGUUGUGAUAAUAUUUUUUUGUUGACAAGAAUCCAGUAUGCAAAGACUGGUUUGUUUAUGGUCUGAAUGUGUUCCUUUAAGGGUUUUGACCCUUAUUUUCCAGCUAUUAUUGAUCCCAAACAAGUGUGUUGUAUAAUAACACAAGCAUCUCUUCACACAUCUCGCAGUGAGGACUUGUGUUAUUGUGGAGCUUGCAUGUUAUAUCAGCCCCGUGGAAGAGGGAGAGGACUUUACUCCCACAUGACGCAUUGAUCAUAGCGGAUGUUUGCUAACUAACUGGUUCUGUUGUGAAGAAUCAUGAACCGUUCCUCAAUGUUUUGUUGGGCCUUGAGAUGUCGUAGCGUAUCAGAUGUUAAGGUUGUCGUCACUCUGGUGCUCCACGUUUGACACGGGUGAGAAGUCGUAUCCUUUGUUACUUGAGUUUAGCUUCUGAGAUAUUUUAGUUAACAGCGAGGCCUCCUUCCUGUUUGUCUUGUGUUUCACUUUCUCACAAUUCCAGUCAGUUCUCAGAACGUUCAUUUAAACAAACUCAAAGCAGCUUUUGUUUAGAUCUCCUGUAAUAAUUCCUUCAUGUACUCAUCAUGAGUAUAUUUAAUUCCUCUAUUAUAAUGUUAUAAUGGCAGUAUAUUGAUAUUGUCUGUGUUUUUAUGAGAUUCUGACAUUUAAGUCUUUCAAAAGUAUUCCUACCAUAAUUUUAGAAGAUACUCUUGCAUUUGUUGUUUCACAUCAUCAGAAGCCCACACUCUCAAGAUCACACCUGUAGGUGAACCCGAGAAUCAUUCUUUGUCAGUAACACUGAAAAGCAAACUUUCUCAGACGUUUCAGACCGCAAGGCAUGACAUGACCCCGAGGGAGAGUUAUUCUCUUUCACUAGGCUUAUUUUACAAGUUCCUGUUGAUAACUCAGUGGUAACUCGUAACAAUUCACUGGUACAUGUCUUACCGUUGAUCUGACUUACAGCUGGUUAGAGAUAAGAAGCAGACUGCCUUCACACAGUCCUGUCAGUGUGCUUCUCAUCACGUUGCCUCUAGCUUUGCCCGCCUGUCUUGGAGAAUCCGACAAAUAGUUAAACUACCAGUAUCAAGCACAGACGAGAUCUAUUUAUCAGACAUGAGGAAGUUGUUUGUUAGGACUUGUUCAGACUUGUCCCGCAGCAUGUGACAGCAUGUUUCCACAGGCCUCACUAUUGAUGCCACUUUUGUUGUGUCACCUCUGCUGCUCCCAGCCAAACACUCGGUUGCUAUGUUACCGUGGACUGUGCCAAGUGAGAAGCAUCAGUCCUUAAGCAGGGACGAAGUUUUAACUCCUACAAGUUUAAUUUAUUUGUUCUUGUUUGCAGUUUUACUCCACUUAGAACUGUAUUUGAUAGAACUGUGACAGAAUCCACUUAUUCAGUUCCUUACACUGUAAUCCACAUGGAUGCAUUUUCGUAUUUAAGAACACCGAAGACACACAUUCAUACACUGAUGGUCAUACAAGGUGCCAACUUGCCCAUCAGGAUCUACACAAUGACUUGUUCGCACCCAUGCAUUUUUCAGUCACUGUGCCUCCAGGGGCAGUUUUGUUCUCAGUAUCUUGCCCGAGGUGAUUAUUAGUCAUGCAAAUUAAAGGAACUGGGGAGUGCUGAAUGGCGUUCUCUGUGCGGCCAAAAGUAAACGGACACCUUGUACUCAUUUUGGGAAACUUGAUCAUUUCACCUGAACCAGCAUUUACACAUGCAGUGAAUCCAGAUCAUGAGAGAAUUUUCUACUGAAAAUGUUUAUAGUUUUAAAAUUAAUGAUAAAAAGCUCAUUGACUCUGAUUGUGGUACUGCUGUAGAAUUUUUUUUUAUCGAGGAGUUUUUAUUUCUAAUCAUCAUAACGACAGAAACAAUGGAUUAAUAAUGAUAAUAAUAGUUAUGAUAAUAAAUUGGCCUAAUCAAAUUGUAAGUGUUGAUACAGUGAAGUAUCCUGGAAACAAACCCUGCUCUGAAGCAGAUUUAGGGGUGUGGUAACACUUUUGUUAAACCCUGAAACCCAAAAGGCAAAACUGAAAGUCUGUCUAUAACCCCGACUCAACACUCUUGAUUUGCUUGAUUUUGUUAAACCACACCUUGAUCAGCUUGAGUUUCACAUUAAAUCAAAUGACAGUGCUCUGAUCUUAUAGACACUCACACAAUAUUAACAAUCCAAGUCCUUUAAAAAUUUAAGUGUUAUACCAAUUUUUGUAAGCCUGACCUAUUUAUUUUACAUUUUUGGGGGGACUACAAGAAAACCAGGAUUGAAGAGAAAACUUUCUGUAUUUUUGGAGCAGAUGAAUAAUCUUAACUUUUCAUGGUUAUUCAAUGUAGAAGUCCUUUUCCUCUUUCUCGAUUAAAAACAUGACGAAUUUUCGAUAACUCGAUUUCUGUUGCAUACGCCGGCAUUGUGCUGUGCUCCAUGUUUGUCUCUCACACGGCUGUCGUUAAUUCUCUGUAGGGUGGAGCUGAAGACGGUUCAUUCCAUUUCAGUGUUAACUUUUCUCUUCUUUAUGAAUCAAAGACAGGGUUGGGCGUCACUGUUGGAGAUUGCUAUUGUCUUUGGCAGAGUCACUCAUGUUUUAAAUGGUUGAGAUAUUUGUCUGAGGUGUUCAUGUUGACGGUGAUUCUUGAAAUUUUCGGGGUCAUAAAAGUGAAAAUAGAAAGAAUCUGCCAAAUAAGUCACAGUUUAUUUCAAGUGAACAUAAACUUGAGCAAAACAGGCGACAUAGUUGAGGUUUGUGUGGCAUGCAGUGACGAAAAACUUUCGUUUUGUCUGUUUUUACCAGAACUACCAAGAGAGCUCAGACUCUGUACGAUGGACAGCCUACCAGUCCUCCAGGAGUGUGUCACAUCCCCAUGGCUGAGCCUUUCUGCAGCAAAACCAGAGAGGUGGGUCCUUGGAUUCCUGAACACAUGUGCCAGUUAAUAAACCUUAUCUAUUGUGGUCAGCAUCAAGCUUUUGUUCAAUGAUUCAUUUCAAACAUUUGUUCCAAAUUUACUUCCAAAUUGUCUUCUGCCCCAAAUUUCCACUGGAUAUGGUCACAGAGCUGCAGUCUUGCUCUUAAUGGUUAAAUUUUGCAUCAGUAUUUCACUUAUGUUGCUCUGAAAUGAUAUAUGAAUGAAUUUUAUAUGUAUGUGUAUAAAUAUUUAUAUUUCAAAAGGGUUAUUUAUGCAAAAUGUAAUUAAAGAAUCUAAUAACAUUUACAUUCAUGAUAGUAUUUUGGUAUUUGAAGCAAAAGUAUAAUUUUUGCACUUUUCUGUCAUAUCAAGUAAAUGAUCAUAGCUCAGAUCUUAACUUCAGGAAUGAGCCGCUGAUUUAAGUUGAUGAAAGCUCAACUUUGGGUUAAUUGUAUCUUGCAGGUUAGCAGAAUAUGAUGGCAUCCAUUCUAGCAUGAACAGCAUUUACACACCAGGUGUUAUUAUGAAAAUACGUGUUUGAAAAGUUGGAUUAAACGAUUAAUAAUCAAAGAUGCAUCCAUCUCUUAUCCCGUUGGUGUAAUGUUGAUGUUUAUCAUGUCUGCGUCUGUCGUGGUGCAGGUUUUGGUGGAGGUGGCCCGCAGCUUGGGGAUUAAGUGCCACGUCCGAGGGACCAUGCUGUCCAUCGAGGGGCCUCGCUUCUCCUCGCGGGCCGAGAGCCUGAUGUUCCGCCAGUGGGGCGCUGACGUCAUCAAUAUGACAACCGUGCCAGAGGUGGUCCUCGCCAAGGAGGCCGGCUUGUGCUAUGCCAGCAUUGCCAUGGCAACAGACUAUGACUGUUGGAAGGAACACGAGGAGGCGGUGAGUGGCGGGCUGGCGCUCCUCAGGGCCGUUUUUAUCACUUUGAUGUCUCUUCUGUCUUUGUUUGUGCCUCGAGUGAGUCAUCACGGCCUCACGCAUGGUUGGGGCACUUCAGGCGACAUCAGUUGUUUGUCACUCUGUGUGGUUGUCUGUCAGGCCAGUAAUAACGGAUUUAACUGUAAUUCGACUGUUAUUUGUUUGAAGGUGUCUUGGACUCCUUUAGUAAACAAAGUCCUAACUGUCGCUGGAGAUCAUUGGAUUGUAGUUGGAAACCAGCAGGCUGGAGACAAGUGAGAUCCAAACCCAAUCUAUCUUAAUGCCAUCCUUUCAUUUUUCCCCAUUGAUACUUUCGUUUCAUCUGCCUUCUAUUGGGCUGUGGCAGUGGCAGAUGUUUUAUAGUAUUGUCUUGUCCUCUUAGUUCGCCGCUGAAACAGCAUCACCUUUUGAACUGUUUAUUUAACAGAAAAAUGAAAAAAAAGGCCUCAUUCUGCAGGAUUUCAAUAUCCAGCCUUUGCCCUGGAAUUUCAGGAUUAGUUCAAUCUGAUGGUGUAUAAAACUGCUCAUACAUGAACACACUCAUGAGCAUGUUUUCUAUAGUUAAGUCAUGGCAUUUGAGAAUUGAUGUGAAAUUUUGUACCAGAUCACUCUGUAUAACUCUGUUGUGUCCUGUUUAUUGCACCCAGCAGACUCCUCCACACAGAUGCUUUAAAAAUCCUGUCUCGGACUUCCCUGCUCGUAUUUACCACAUUCCUUCUUACAAGAAAGCAGAUUAUUCUAAACUGUUUAACAGCCAGCCGACUUAAUCUCUGCAGCCUGUAGCCUGGGGAAUGCAUAAAGGUGCAGCAUAAAUAACCACUGACCCAGUGAAAUAAUUUGGUCUCAUGAAAUUGUGCUGCACCAUUCAAAUGCAGCUCCCACGCAGUGUUUCUGUGCAUGAAUUUCAGGUUUAAAAAUACCGGAAAUGAAAUGAAUAAGAGAAACCAUGCGAUCAAACAUUCGUCCUAUCAAACAUCGCCUUGUAAAAAUGAGAAUCCAUUCACAUCAUUUGUCCAGUCAGCUGAAUUCACAGUGAACCGUAAGCUGCCCCUCUCAUGAAUUGGGGUUGACUUUUUGGCGACAGCAACUUAAUAGGAAGCUUGCAGGUUGAUUGAGGAAGAAGACAAGGGCCCAAACAAUGUGGUUGUGAAAAAAGGAACAGAAACUUCUGCUAUUUUUGAUGAAGAUGGAUUCAGGAGAGAGGAUGUCUACUGAUGCUGAGCAGCAGAGUGAGCCCCGUCAUAAAAGCUGAUGUUUUUCACACACACCUCAUCCUUUCAUCAUAAUAUUGAACGAAAUCAGCGAGCGGUGCAGAUUUUCCUCAGUCCAAAGGCCUUGAGCAAAACAAAACCGUCUUCUUAGGUUAUUACUGAGCUCAAAGUGACUACGAUACAGCGGGACUGACGAUCUGGACCCUGUGAAUUCAUGUGAAAUCCUUCUUCAGCAACCAAACCAGACCACAUUCUUAGUGAGUUAUGUAACAUUCGACUGGAUCAUCUUUGUCCUCAUUAAUUUUACUCCACUCAGGAGAGUUAUUAAUAGCUUUAUUUUCACUUCCCUCUCUCCAAAAGGCAGAUUGUCAGAGUUUUGCUUUUCAAAAUUAAGCUUGUCUGCCGCUAACUGCAGCGUUCGGUCUCUUCCUUUAGCCGGAAUUGUUAUCUCAUGGUGCAUAACAUCCGUCUUGAAUUUCUUACAAAGCAUGAUAGUGUUUGAUCACUUUCAGAUGACCAGAACAAAAUAGAACAAAAGUAGGACAACUUAAUCUCGAUGGAGGUGGAGUAACAACACACUUUUUUUUUUCUUUAAAGAAAGGAGCAAUUCAGCAGAGACAUGAAAAAACUGACUUAACAGCCAAAAAAAUAGGGAGCAGAGGAGCAUAACCUCAGAGGAUGAAGAUCAUAAAGUCUGGGGGUAUGCCUAAAUUUGAGCUAAUAAGCAGAAAAGAGUCGUUCCUUUAGUCUCUCUUCCAUCAUAAAAAGUUUAGAUGGUUUGGAUAGAGUUAAUAUAUCCCUAAAGCUUUUAAGAAAAUUAACGUUUGUUCUACUUCCACUAUUUAGUUCUCCAGGGAGGUAUCCACCAUCUGUCCUCCGUACGCAGACCGCAGUAUCUGUGGCUUCGUGAGGCUUCCGAAUGACCUCAGACAGACACUGUUGAUAAAGCAGUAGAUGAACUGUGGGGGCGAGUUUAGGCAUAUUUGUCACAGAUCCAGCCCAACUCACAACUCCACUUCCGAGUUCCUGCAGCUGACCUCUUCCCCCUCCUGUUGCAGAGCAUUCGCCACAUCCUUCCGCCUGCCCCCACCGCCUCCACCCUGUCUAAUACUACCUCCUGCCCCCCCCUCACUCCCUCCCUCUCUCCCUCAAGUCAAUUCGCCUGCCAGCCUCCGGUGGAAGCCCUGCCAGAGGAGGUUGACUCACACUGAGUCAUCAGCUUCACUGUCUUCAUCCUGGCAAACACCAGAAAAACAUUAACAUUUAGUGGGCCAUACAGCGUGGGACAUGAAAACAAAGCAGUGAGGGGAGGGGUUAAUGAAGGUUACAGGAGGUAAAUACAUAAAAACAGGACAGGAACCGUGCUGUCACUUCUAUUCACUGAAAAUUUAAUCUCGUAUUUACACAGAUUUAUUUGAAGAGUGUGAAGAAUCUAAGAAAAGACUCAGUAAAAAUGGGAUAAAAUAUUAGUUUAAGUUGCUGAACAUAAGAGAGAUUUCUGUUUUUAUGAACUAGCUGAAGCAUUCAGGUUUUUGCAGCUACUGAGGCAGAGGGUGAGAAGGAUGAGAAAGCCUUCAGCUGCAGAGACGGUCUGCCAGAAAACAUCGGAUGCUGGGUUUUUGUGCUCGUCUCAGUGCUUCACCUGCCUGUCAAAGCACUUUGUAAAGCCCUGUUUUUAAAAGUGUCAUAUUAAUAAAGCAAUUAUUUUUAUUAUUAUUAUUAUUAUUAUAAGGUUUCAGACAUGAUCUAAAUGUGAAAAUGAGAUCACUGUAUAAACAGCUUUUAUUCACUUAUCUUACUGUGUUUACAUCAUGAAAUCAGAUCCUGUUUUUAUAUAGAUAAGGCUACUUUUGACUCUACAAGCUCAAAAUCUUAUUUUAUCUUUUAUGAAUAUUAUUUGUCUCCACUGGUCCUGUCUUACCAUUAGCUUAGAAGUAAUGUGUGAAUUAAACACUGAACUGCAAACACAGCUGCUUACAUUAAUUACCCUAUUUUUCAGGCGCACCUGAAUGCACUUCUAGUUUAGACAUUACAGUCAGACAGUCUUGUAGACUGCUCAGGGGUCCUGUAAUGGGGCCGAUCAGGUAGUGACAGAGUGUACUGUAAUGCUCCAAUUAUCCAUUGAGUGGAUAUUUGUUGCCUACCAAAAUCGUACUCAGGCAUUUCGACAGAUUUUUGAGCGCAUUGUACUAUAGAAUCAGAGUGUACCACAUAAAAUCAGUCAGUAAGCACAGCAAGUAGUUAUACAUAAGGCACACUAGAUUAUAAGGCACACUGUCAAUUUCUGAGAAAAUUAAGGAUUUUAAGUGCGUCUUAUAGUCUGAAAAACACGGUAAUUUAACUAAAUCAGGUUUGGAAAACUACCAUUAAUGUCAUUAAAACAGCAGGAGUCACACUUAACUCUGCAACGCUUCAGCUUUAUCUGCUCUCAUCUUCAUAAGAUUGGAAAUUGAAUUUUAAUAACGAUCUGAAACCGCUCUGUUCAUGAAUGAGAUGCAAAGACUUUUGGGACGUUUUACUCAGAUAGGGACUUUCAUUAUGAACCCUAAGAGAAGGUCCCCUUCCACAGGAACCUCCAUCUUGCACUGCCGUCUUUGUACAGUGACCGCUGAAAAUGCACCCGCUGGAAGUGGAGGAUGAGAGUAGUUGUUUGCAAAGAAAGAAGAAACUAAUCUUCAGUAUAAUAGGAAUGACCAUUUCUACCUACUCACUUGUCAACAUUGUGCAUUCUCGAAUGUCUUCAUGCCUGAGAAAUACAUCCGUUUACUUGUUGUUCAUUGCUGGCUUUGGUAUAUGAUCGCCCAAUGACAUCGCUCUAAAAGCCGCACCUGUAUGCCCAGCUUGUAGGUGGUACUUCAUAUUCAAAGUAUAUGGGUCAUGUUUAAAUUGCUACAUAUUACGUCAGACUUUUCAGCUGGGAGGUCUACUAAAGGAGUAUUUCAAAUUCAAAGUGCAGAGCUGCUGUAUUUUCAUCACAGCAGCUGUAGGAAAAUGCUGCAUGCAGAAAGAAACCAAAUGGCCAAAAAGGCUGUGACAGGGUGACUUUACUGAUUUUAAUACUUCUUUUUUUGUUUUGUUUGCAUACAUGUUGUUGUAGAUGGAAUUUGAUAGACCUCUGUAUUUUGAUCAUGUUAAUUUUCACUGAAUGACAUCCUACACUGCUUGAAAUCUUGCUUUUGUUAUUUAUGUGAAGUAGAGCUGAAAAUGUUUGUGGUCUUGGCUCUAUAAAAUCGAAAGGGACCUGCAGAGGACUUAAAGGAAAUGAUCUCUUUAAGCUCAAUGUCCAGCAAACGUGUUAAUGUCUGCAGACACAUGAUUCAGAGACUCUCGAUGUAGAAGUGAAACGCUGACAAUCUGCUGAUAAUCUCCACUGAAAAGAAAUUAAAUAAGUCAUGAAUGUUGAAUAUGAAAACAAUGAAAGCACCUUCGUUGUUUUAGUCAACACAACCGAUUGUGUCGUCAACACAUUAGCCUGUGAGGAAUAAGCACUGAUUUUCUAUUCACAGUGGGAACAUUGUCUGUAGUAUCAAUAGGAAUACAUAAGAUGUUCAUAUUUAGCAAUCACAAAGUCGUUGUAGCACUUGGAGGAAGUGAGUCUUAUCACCCUGCGGCUGUUUGUCUUCUGCCCUCAUUCUAGGUCUGUGUUGACAAUGUACUCAAGACCAUGAAGGAGAACGCCAACAAAGCCAGCAGUAUCCUGCUCACUGCAAUACCUCAGAUUAGUCAGAUGGACUGGGCUCUGACAAUGAAGACCUUGAAAGUAAGUUGUCAACUUUAUGAUGAUUCACUUCCGUGGGGUUACUCAUUGGACUAGUUAUGAAAGAAGGAUUGUUUACUCUUAAAGCUUGCUAUCUCUUAGACUGUUGCAGUUAUUGUUUUUCUCUCUUACUGUUGUCUCUUUAGGCAUGGUUCAAAUAAAUGAUUUAUAUACUCUAUAUUUACAAUAUAGAGUGACCACUUUCUGUCCACUAUGUGUUUAUGAGGGCAAUUGAUACUGUACAGCCACAAGUGAGCAGGGGCGGUUUCUUUUAUUUGAGGGGCUGCCUUUGACACUCAUUGUGCUUUGUUAGCGUCUUUAUAGAGCUGUAAAUCAGCUGGUUUAGAUAACUAUGAAGACCCAUUCACAGUGCACCCAAAACACUGCAACUUGUGAUUUUUCUACUCAGUUAACUUCACAUAUGGUGUAACAAUCACAGUUUAAGAAUACUGCACCUGUAUUUUAUAAAAUGUACCACAUGACCAACUUCCUGUUUUUUCACUCUGUACAUUAUUUGCAUCAAUUUUUACAUAAUUUUUGAAUUUGCUUGAAAUUUAAGGUCACAGAAAGGAUAAAUAAUUACAUUUAUUCUUAGGAAGUUUUUCUUUUUUAGUGUAUAUGUUUUUACUUGGAGAUAGUAGCCUCUUGAUGUUUCACAUUUCUCCUGGCUGCUACAUCAGAUUUUAAAACAUUAAAAGAUAAGCAGAAUAAUAAAUAAAACUCAUAAAAAUGAACUCCUCAAUCAAGAGCAAAUGCACCCCUCAAACAAACCCCACAGUUCGAGCACGAUCUGUGAAGUGAUUGUCUUUGCUUAUCUGUGAUGCAUAAAUUGAAUAUCCGCUGUUUUGUUCCUUCUGUUCCAGGCAACAGCACAAUCUUCAGUAAUGUUACCCAAACACUAAGUGUGCAGCAAGCAAUGGAGUUGAAAUGGACGAGGGUCCAACAGACCUCUGGCACCGACACGGACAGCAGACUUGCCUCUGCUUCAUCAGUGAACUACAACAAAGUGCCUCACAUAAGUAAUCCAUGAACUCUGUAUUCAGUUGGAGUUCCAGUGUGUUUUUUUCCAACCCCAAGUACUCACACCACCCUCCAACUACAUGCCGAUUCAUGCUCACUCUUUUUUUUUUUCUAAGACACAGUCAACAGUAUUGUCUCUCAAGUAGGAGUUUUCUGUCACUUUACCUCGGGCCACAGUUGAAACAUUUCACAGAAUAAACAUAGAUUUCAAAUCCUUUGAGAUUAUCCAUGAUCUGGAUCCGGACUCCGGAUCAUGUGUUAUAGUUUUACAGUACACGUUUGUGGUUCUGGUGUCUUCAAUGUUAAGAUUUGUUGCCUGUGGACCAUCAGUGUCUUUAGGGCUGUUGAAGCAGUAUACAAUUAAUUGCUUUAAGUGUAGCACAUGAGAACUGAAUGCCGUAGUCACAUUUGAUGUUUUACUUUUGAACACAUUCGUUGAUUUCAGUGAGUUAUCAGUAUGCCAGUCAAAUUUCUUUUUAACGGUUCAACCAGAAAAGUCUGAACUAUUAUUCAACACUUUUUAACUUUUCCUUGUUAGUUUCUCUUCAUCAUGGUUUAAAAUCCUAUAUUCCUUUUAUUUAUCUGAGGUAAUCUGAGCUGUAAAUUGAGUUUUUUCCAGCUAUUAAACCACGUUAUUGAUCGCACUGAGAACUGUUGAAAAACACAUCUUAGAAAUCACAUAAAUUUGUUACUGGAAAAAGCUGGAAAGACAUUGUACCUAUAAAAUCAGCCACACUGCAUUACACUCUGCCGUAUCUGAGAAGAUUCACUCGUUCAUUGCCUUGUCUUAACAUGAAUGCAUGAUUCAGCAUAAAUAUCUGAAUAAAAACUAUUAAAGUUAA